AUGGCCAUGCUCUAUCCAAAAAACUUGUCAGAUGCAAGUCGAGCAUUGCCCCGUACACUAGCCAUACUCUGCCUCGCUCCGCUCCACAACGGCCGUCCGGCGUACGCCCGCCUCCGGGCGCUGCAGCAGCCCCGUUGCUCCCUUCCCGCGGCGUCGCUGCGGCCCCCUGCGCGCUGGGCCGCUGCUCGCCUGCCCAAGCCUGGGGGUCUACAUCGCCUGCUGGGAGCUGGCCGGUUCCUCCGCCUUGCGCCUCCCAGCCGGCGUCCGCCUCCUGCUCCGUCGUCCGCCACUCACGCACGCACGCGCAUGCUCGCGGAUGAGGCUCCGCCCCUCUGGCUCUCAUCCGCGCCCCCGAGCGUCCGGUCGUCCGCUCGCUCCGCCGGGCCGCCUCCCCGGGACCGCCGAGCGCGGCUCCGCCGAGCGCGCGCCCCCGCGUGGCCGGCUCCACCCUCGCCGACUGCGGCCGCGUCCCCCGGCCUGGCCGCCUGCCGGCUUCGGCCUGCCGUCCGCGCGGGCUGCGGCCCCGUCCCGAUCCGGACUCGCUGCCGCUUCCCGCGCCGGCUUCCGCCCUCCCGCGGUUCCCUCACCACCGCGCCUACCAGCUCCCGCGCUGGCUGGCCCUGCUUGCCCCGCGGCCGGCUUCCGCCCUCCCGCGGCUCCCUCACCACCGCGCCUGCCGGCUCCCGCGCUGGCCGGCCCUGCUCGCCCCGCGGCCGGCUCUCCGCCAGACGGCCCCGCCAGCGUGCGCCGGCUGCGCCCGGCUUCAGCCGCCUGCUGUGGCCGGCACCUGAAGAAAAGAAAAGGGAGGCCGGCUGCCCCACGCGUGAAGAAGAAGAAAAGUCAAGGGCCGGUUGA